ACUCUGAGUCUUCACCGCCACCGUCAAUGUUGUCGCUUUAUGGUGGCGCCUCUGCGCAUUCCGCCAGCAAUAGCUGCAUGGGAAGCACUUCACCUACGUUGCAUGACACAGACGCGCUCAACGGUUCGCUGAGCCGUAAGAAGCGUUCACGUGCCGCUUUCAGUCACGCGCAAGUAUUUGAGCUAGAGCGUCGUUUCGCACAACAGCGUUAUCUCAGCGGCCCGGAACGUGCUGAAAUGGCCAAGAAUUUACGUUUGACCGAGACACAGGUGAAGAUUUGGUUCCAAAAUCGCCGUUACAAGACGAAGCGCAAGCAAAUUCAGCAGCAUGAAGCCGCGCUGAUGAGCGCCGCCACGAAGCGUGUGCCAGUGCAGGUGUUAGUGCGUGAGGACGGCAGCGGUGCGGCGACGGCAGCAGCGGCUGCUGCAUAUGCCCACAUGUUGCCGACGCAUGGCAUUGAUCCCGCACUACUGCAUAUUUAUCGUCAUCAGUUGCAAAUGGCUUACGGCGUUGGCGUUUCAUUGCCUCAAGUAUCGUUUCCUUACUUCUAUCCGCAAGCGUCGAAAAUACCUCAACCUAUACCACCGCCCAGUCAGUCGUCGGCGAACGGUUCAGUUGCUGGCGGUUUUGCCAUACACGCUGCGGGAAAUCACGCAAAUAUAAAUAACAAUAACAAUAACAGUUUUGAGAUCACAAAAAAUGCAUUAAAUUUCGCUAAAAUGGAGCACGGCAUGCGUUACAUACAAUGCUCCUCGGCCUCCUCAUCACCCACGCAUGGCAACACGCUCGCCAGUGGCGACAGCAGUAGCCCAUCGAGAUCAUGCUCCAGUCCAACUGCUAUGGAUACCGCUGGCGCCAUGUUGACAUCAGCCAUGUCUGCGGAUACGGAAAGCUGCGCUGAGACGCACUCCGCUACGACGGAGGAUUGUGAUGAGAAUGUGGAAAUUGAUUAGAUAAUCCGUUAGAUAAUACUUCUAUCUAAAACGUUGCUGUGUGUCUAUGUAAUGUAAAAAUUUGUGUGGCGCAGUGUCGCAAAACUAGCAAAUAAUAUGAUAAAAAUUAACAAAAUUUGUGAUAGUGAAAGUUUUAAUUGGCUUAGUGGGCAUAUGUACUUUUAGAAUUGUAAUUAAUUGUAGUUAGUUGUUUAAUUUAGUUUUAGAAAUAAGCAUACGUGAAAAGAAAUAACGCACUAAAAAAAUUAAAGUAUAUUCAAUAACUUCAUACUUUUUUUCUACAAUGUAAUAUAUGAUGGAAUACAAGUGUUGGCACCACACACAUAUGUAUGUAGCUUCACGGUUGAGGCAUGUUUUUAAACAUCGUUUGCAGAAUUAAACAAAUUAUAUAGGCGUAAAUAAUACUUAA